AGGCGGAGGAACCGCGACGCUUUCCCCCCCGAACUGCCAGCAGACUUUUUCAAACUGGGAUUUCACCCCGUUUUUCGCUUUCAAGAGAAAGGGUUUGGAUAUACCAUUUUGAGAGGAAUAACCCGUCUUUGCCGUGUAAAGCGGGGCGGCUGGUUCCAGGUUCCCCAUGCCCUCUCCCGUCACCUCUGCUUGGCCUGCCGAGCCCACAGUCGGACCUCCUCUGGGCUGCAGCUGAAGUGGGACAGAAGAAGCUGGACGCGGUGGUGCAAGAGCCAGCGGUGGUGGAGGUGGGUCAUCACAGGACCCAGAACCCCCGAUAGCAGGCAGAGAAAGGCCUGCGUUGUUCCGCCUCCUGCCACUCUAAGAUGAACAGACUGAGCUUCCAUAACAACAAAACAAUGCAGGACCGCCGCUGUGUCUGUGUCUUUUUGCCCAAUGAUGACACUCUCAAUAUCAUCGUCAAUGUGAAGACUCUGUGCCAGGAACUGUUGGUCCAGGUUUGUGAUCUCCUCCGGCUGAAGGACUGUCAUCUGUUUGGGCUCAGCGUCAUUCAGAAUAAUGAACACAUCUACAUGGAGUUGGACCAGAAGCUGUCCAAGUACUGCCCCAAAGAGUGGAAGAGAGAAGCCAGCAAGGGUAUUGACCAGUUUGGGCCUCCGAUGAUCAUUCACUUCAGAGCUCAGUAUUAUGUGGAGAACGGGAGAUUAAUCAGCGACCGGGUAGCCAGGUACUACUACUACUGGCACCUGAGGAAACAGGUGCUGCUCUCACAGUGCAUCCAAAGAGAGGAGGCCUACUUCCUCCUGGCAGCCUUCGCUCUCCAGGCCGACCUCGGGAAUUUCAAACGCAACAAGCACUUUGGGAAGUACUUUGAACCCGAGGCCUACUUCCCCCAAUGGGUGAUAGCCAAGCGUGGCCGGGAGUACAUCCUGAGGCACAUCCCCAACAUGCACAAGGACCAGUUUGCACUCACCGCCUCAGAGGCGCAUCUCAAGUACAUAAAGGAGUGCGCUCAGCUCGAUGACGUCACGGUGCACUACUACAGGCUGUACAAGGAUAAGAAGGAAGUUGAGGCGUCUCUCACACUGGGUCUGACCUUACGAGGAAUCCAGAUAUUUCAGAACGUCGGCUCGGUCAGGCAGCUUCUGUACGACUUCCCCUGGACCAACGUGGGCAAACUCGUUUUUGUGGGGAAAAAGUUUGAGAUCCUCCCCGACGGUCUGCCCUCGGCCCGGAAGCUCAUCUACUACACGGGCUGCCCGCUGCGCUCCCGCCACCUGCUGCAGCUGCUCAGCAACAGCCACCGGCUCUACAUGAACCUGCAGCCCGUCCUCAAGCAGGUCCGUCGGCUGGAGGAAAGCGAAGAGAAGAAGCAGUACCGGGAGUCGUACAUCAGCGACGCCCUGGAGCUGGACAUGGAGCAGCUGGACCAGCGUUCCCGCGCCAGCGGCAGCAGCGCCGGCAGCGUGUCCCACCACAAGCGCCUCUCUCGCCACUCCACCACCAGCCACGGCAGCUCGCACACGUCCGGCAUCGAGACGGACAGCUUCAGGGCCCCGGGUAAGGCCCCUCACCGGCCCCUGCGCACCUGCAGCUCCUCCACCACCAGCCACGGCAGCUCCCACACCUCCGGCAUCGAGAGCAGCGGCAAAGAGCGCAUCCUGGACGACGACGAGAUAGAGAUGCUGGUGGACGACCCCAAAGACUACGAGGAGCUUCACGAGAUGGCUCUGGAUCAGGAGCUGUGCAUCCACAUCACCGAGGACAUGCUGACGAUGUCACCAGACCAGACCAAUGGAUAUUCAGGUCUGAUAGUGAAAGACAUCAGCUCCUCCACCUCCAGCUCCUCGGAGACCGUCGUCAAGAUGAGAGGACAGAGCAUCGAGUCGCUGCCUCAGACGACCACGAGCCGGAAGCCUCAGUCCUCCACGGACCGCCACAGCCAAUCGCUGGACGACAUCCGGCUCUACCAGAAGGACUGCCAGCAGUGGGCGGAGCUUUGCCAGGACACCGCCCACAGCUACACGUUCGGCUGCGGCCAGGAGCUGAACGACGGCGAGGGGCACCAGGGCCUGUCGGAGCAGCGUGGCGGCGCGCUCAGCGAGCCGCAGCCCUUCCCCAUCAAGCGAACGAACAAGUAUUUCUCCCUGGACCUGACCAACGACGAGGUGCCCGAGUUUGUGGUGUGACGGUAGCGGACGACGGCGGCGUGUUUGCUAACGGUUAGCAAACCAGCGAUGAGAAAGCUCGUCCGCUUCCUGAGAUCGACCUGCAGGCCAAGAGGAUUCUGGGUGAAGAGAGACAUGUUGACCGAGUAAAUGGCUGAACGGAGUUUUUUUUUGCUCAAAGAUAACAAAAGGGAUCCUUCUUUCUUUAUGAUUAUGUUUCAGCCGAUUUUUGAAGCCAUGCAAAGACUGGAGGUGAAAACAGACAAGCAGGGCUGUUUGUAAAUAAAGAGAUGGACGUCUUCUGGGCUGGAAGCCAAAAACAAAAAGUGGAGUUAAACUAGAACGCCUAAUUCUACGUCCACCGUUCCUCCGGCGUGACGAACCGGAGCUACGAUCAUCUUCUUCUUCUUCACAUAAACUAAGCCGAUAUGAACACACCACCGCCGUGCCUUGGCAACACUAUGCAGGUGUCGAACACUCGCCUUGACAAUCACAGCCCUCUCCAAACGUUCAAGCCAUGAAGAUUGAAGGUUCUGCAAUCUCUUAAGCCUCUCAUUCCCAUUUAAGUCAGUGACUGGAGCUCGCUCUGUAGCUUUUUAGAUGGUUUCACGAAGUUUCUCUAUUAGUCCUGUGAUGUUUAGCCGAGUUUCCAGGCAGGGGUGAGCCUGAGAGCUCCUACAUGUUCCAGCAUGCAUGUUUUGUGGCCAAAAUAUGAUUCUGUAAGAUCUGGAGUCAAAAGUGGAGCUGUCAGCCAAAACAACCCAUGCAUGUUGAUGCUUUAUGUCGUUUUUUUUUUCUUAUUUACACAUCUUGCCUUCUAUCAGAGCUGAUUUUAUCAUCUUUUUUUGUUUGUUUUUGUUUUUUAAUGGAAUCUGUUUUGUGAGGUUGUUUUUAUUUCACAUCCUCCUCCAACCAAAAAAGAAACAAAAACAUUUUUUUAGAUGUAUUUUUAUACUCAAAAAAAUACACUUUAUGUUUAGACAUUAUCCUGCUGUCAUUCAGUAUUACGAAUAAAUCUCGGCGGCAGUGUUAAGGAUGUGGCGCUUCUAACCAGACUAACUGGUUCCAUCCGGUUUAGUCGUUUCAGUCUCCCAGUAAGAGUCCAGACGGCCUGAGGACGCGGCGAGGCAGGCGGUCCGGUGUUACAGCCGACAUGUUGACACACUGCAGACGGCGUGGAUGAACAUGGAGCUCUGUUAGGGACCAGAAGACCCUGCAACAACGUUGCAGGUUAGUCUUCGGUUUAAUAGUUUCUUAGUUUUAAAUGUGACAGAACGCAAUUUGAGUCUUGAAAAGUUGCACGAAAAAAAGGGAUUUGUUUGAAAUAGAAGACAGAACAAUCAAUGCUGGUUUGCGUUGUUAUAUGAGGCAACAUUUCUGAGAGGCAAUACUUGAGCAAGACGAACAAAACCACAGCAUCAUAACCAGGCAUGGGUUGGUGAGAGGUUUGCAUGGUAAGAUUAGAAACCAAUGUUUAACUUUGCUUACACUUAUAUUUUAAACAUAAACAUCUUAUAUUUGAACAGAAAAGCAACAUCUGUGCCAAAAUAUAGAGAUUUUUGAAGUUUUAACUGUUCUUUGCAACAUGCUUUUAAUGCUGUUUUGAUGAGCAGAUAAAGGGACUUAGUAUCUUACCUUGGCAUCUUCAUUUCAUACAAGUCUGGAUCAUGCUAACUGCUAGCCGCAAGACCAAAGUGGAUUUCUUUAUAAAACUCUAGCCCCCCAAAAUUUUUAUGCAAACUCUAUUUUACGAGCCUUUAUGUUGCCGUCAUGUUUACAUCGGUUGGUCAUUUACUCAGGAAAUUUAGGUUGAAGAUGGUGCAUCACCUGUAAUGUUCCUGUGUGAAACGUAAACGGACAGAGAAACGUGUAAAGCAACUUCCAGCCAGAGUAACUCAGUGACAUUAUUUUAUUCAUAUUUAUACCACUUUGCUUUUUAUCACUCAGUUACUCAGACCAUGAACACCUUAUGUUCUGUUCUUUGUACAUGUUUCACAGAGGAAGAUUAUUGUUGACGCACUGCAUCCCAGCCUCCGUUUCCUGUGUAAAUAAUAACCUGUUUCUUUAGAUAACAAGCAGCCAUUACAACCUGAGAAUGGUUCCAAUCUUCAUAACCACUGUUGGUGUUUUUUUUACUGGAGUUAUUUCUAGCCAGUCGAAGUUAGCUUUAGUGCUUUUUAAACUUUGUGUCCUUUCUUCUGGAAACAUGGUCAUGCACAGCUAUGCAGACGACACUCAAGCUAGCGUUGAAGUAGCCGCUAGCUUCAGCCUCUCGGACCAGCAGACGUGGAUUUAUCACAACCCUGCGAUCCAUUAGUUUCAGAAGUCAGCGUGGAUUUGUGGGCUUUUUUAGUGCUAACUUUUCUUAACAAUACACACCAAUAACUGUAUUUCUCUCUUUUUUAAUUUAAUAUGCUCACAAAUUGUGGUUUCACAGCACUCAGUGCUACUGUUAAUUUCAUAUAUUACAUGAGGCUGGUUUUCAAUUUAUGACUUUCAGUAUGGUCUAUGUAUGUGUUGGCCAUAUUGGAUGCCAAAUAUGGCCGACACAUCGAACAGAAGAGGACGAAUUCUCACUUCCUGUUCUGCAGAAAAGAUUUAAGCCCCUUCUAACCGUGAGAGAGAACUUCACUUUAAAAAAACAUUCAAACUGUUCCUUUAAGCAAAUAUACAGAACAACAGUCACUGAAACUUUAAGUUGAACAAAAUGUUGGUCUUUUUUGUCUUCCGUAGUUUUAUAACAGUGUUAGAAGCUGAAGAUUAUGAUCUGGGUAUUUAUUUCCAAUUGUCAAUUUUAACUUUCUUGGAAGUAAGGGACACAUGUUGCAGCUUUCAUUAAGCAAGUUGACCAACAAUGCACAGCAAUAAGUGGGGGAGGGGCAGCAUUCUGUUAAUUGAGUGCUUCGAACAGCCAAUUCUUCCUGACAUUGCCAUAAAAGGAGUUUAACCAUUGUAACAACGCAAUAGAAACAUUCAGAACCUCCAUCUGACCCAUGCGUGGACCACGCUGACCUUUGAACCCUGGCAUUCACAGCAGGAAACACUAACGUCUUCCUCUCAGCUCUUUGCUGCUCCUUGUGGCUGUUUUUCCUUCUCUGCAUAUUUUCAAAACUUCAGUUUUGCGUCACAAGCCUGUUUCUAUGUUUUCGUCGUCAACGCAGACUUUUGGCAACAUUAGACAGGUCAUUUAAAGUUCUCCAGAGAAGAGCUGAAGCUGUCACAGGCUCCGCCCAUUAAUCCCACGUUAGCAUAAAAAUAUGCUCAGGAACUGACAGGACCAAGUGCGUUCACGAGGCUUCGCUCGCAUGUUUUAUCUUCAAUGGUUUCAUCGGUUCACUUGUCUUAAAUCUAAAAACUUUUAUAUUCUAAAUACAACUGAGUGAAUGUGCUCAUUUUGUCAGGUUGGAUGUUCAGGUUAUUUUUAGCCUGUAUGCUAAGAAAUGCUAACAAACACAUUUAGCUCUCAGUCUGAAGUGCUCUCGAACUUCUGAUGUGCGUCAUGAAUUUAUUUCUUCAAUAAUAACUGUUACACAUAUAUCACCUCUUUAUAACUUUUAAGAUUCUGUUUUGGUUGGCUGAUGUCUAAGAUCAACGUGGUUGCCUUAAGUGUCAUCAAUAAAUCCUCACAUUUGCCAAAUUUAAUUAGUAACAUAAUAUCCACCUUAUUCCAGCUUUACCAGUAUUAGAGUCUCUAGAAAAAAAUACUUUCUUUAAAUUGAUAAUGCUUUGAAAUUGAAAUGAAUUCCUCUGUUUCUUCCUGUGAUUUUACAACAGCGGUUCAUUAAUCGAAGGUGUCAAAGUCAUUUUUUGAUCAGCAGCAAGACCUUUUCUUUUUUUUUAUUUCAUCGAAUUUAAAUGUUUAGGUACACAGCCAUGCAGGCAUAAACCUGCCAUUGAGAGGUUUCGUCAUUUCGUUGUGAUUUACUUCUCCGGCUUUAGUAAAUGGUCCUACUUACGCUUUGUAAGAGUCUGUGUGUCCCAUAAUCCUUUCUGUGAAAGGAUCUUCCUGCAGGAAAAGAAGAGUUUUUUUUGUUUGUUUGUUUGUUUUUUUGUCACCCUACUGUUAAAAAAGAUAAUUUGUAAUAAUGGAUCUGCUCUGUGCCUUUUUGGUACCAAUGUUCCUCACAUCUAAUAAACAGGUACAUGUAUCUUA